UCCGCUCUCUCCACGAGCUUAGGAUCCCUCCUCUCCUCCGGUCUUUGGUUACCAUGGGGAUGACACCCACCGAUUCGACCCAGUAGUUGAAGGAGAGGUGGGCCCAUCAGACAGUCAGCUGGGGAAGAAGAGAAGAAGCGUCCUCCGGGCCAAAUCUCAACUGCGGUCUCCUCACUGCCAACGCCCCUCCAUCCAUAAUGCGAGAAAUAGUGCAUCUGCAAGCUGGCCAGUGCGGUAACCAGAUCGGAGCCAAGUUCUGGGAGGUGAUCAGUGAUGAGCAUGGCAUCGACCCGACUGGAACCUACCAUGGAGACAGCGACCUGCAGCUAGACAGGAUCAAUGUGUACUACAAUGAGGCCUCAGGUGGGAAGUAUGUCCCCCGUGCCAUCCUGGUGGAUCUGGAGCCGGGCACCAUGGACUCUGUCAGGUCUGGCCCAUUCGGACAGAUCUUCAGGCCAGACAACUUUGUCUUCGGCCAGAGUGGAGCUGGAAACAACUGGGCCAAGGGCCACUACACAGAGGGAGCAGAGCUGGUAGACUCUGUCAUGGAUGUAGUGAGGAAGGAGGCAGAGAGCUGUGACUGCCUCCAGGGUUUCCAGCUUACCCACUCCCUGGGUGGGGGUACUGGCUCUGGCAUGGGCACCCUGCUCAUCAGCAAGAUCCGCGAGGAGUACCCUGACCGCAUCAUGAACACCUUCAGCGUGGUGCCCUCUCCCAAAGUGUCCGACACAGUGGUGGAGCCCUACAACGCCACCCUCUCUGUGCAUCAGCUGGUGGAGAACACAGAUGAGACCUUCUGCAUUGACAACGAAGCCCUCUACGACAUCUGCUUCCGUACUCUCAAGCUCACCACACCCACCUAUGGAGACCUCAACCACCUGGUGUCAGCCACCAUGAGUGGAGUGACCACCUGCCUUCGUUUCCCUGGCCAGCUCAACGCCGACCUCCGCAAACUGGCUGUCAACAUGGUGCCCUUCCCCCGCCUGCACUUCUUCAUGCCCGGCUUUGCCCCCCUCACCAGCAGGGGGAGCCAGCAGUACCGCGCCCUGUCCGUGCCUGAGCUCACCCAGCAGAUGUUCGACUCCAAGAACAUGAUGGCGGCCUGCGACCCUCGUCACGGCCGAUACCUCACCGUGGCCGCCAUCUUCCGUGGCCGCAUGUCCAUGAAGGAGGUGGACGAGCAGAUGCUCAACGUCCAGAACAAGAACAGCAGCUACUUUGUGGAAUGGAUCCCCAACAACGUGAAGACCGCUGUCUGCGACAUCCCACCCCGCGGCCUCAAGAUGGCUGCCACCUUCAUCGGCAACAGCACAGCCAUCCAGGAGCUGUUCAAGCGUAUCUCUGAGCAGUUCACUGCCAUGUUCCGCCGUAAGGCCUUCCUUCACUGGUACACCGGAGAGGGUAUGGAUGAGAUGGAGUUCACUGAGGCUGAGAGCAACAUGAAUGACCUGGUGUCUGAGUACCAGCAGUAUCAAGAUGCCACCGCUGAGGAGGGCGAGUUUGAAGAGGAGGUAGAAGAGGAAGCCGCCUAAACCAUCCAGUCACUCAACUGCCAAACAGUCUAUCCCCAACUCCAUCCCUUCAUCCUUACCAUCUGCUUUCUCUCAAGAAGGCAGAUGUUCCUAAAUGAAUUGAAUGUUUUUCCACAUUAGACAGUGAUCUUACCAGAUAGUAGUAAACUUUUGUUGUUGUUGUAUGUUGGAAAUCCACUGAAUUGUUUCCAUUUUCCUACAUUCAUCUCAUCAUUGCUAUGUGGAAUUAAAAGCAAGUGAUUUUAAAGUUCAAAUUAAAUU